AAAACAGUAAAUAUUACACCAUUUAUUUGACCUAAGGAAACACGCCAGAGUAAUUUUCAGCGAAAAUGUUCACCUCAAAUAAGCGAAAUAACUUUGCUACAUUAGGUGCGAAAAUACCUAAUUCGCGACAACAAUUUGUGGCCACUCUGAACGGAAGCUUUGAUACAGCAGAACGGGUGUUCAAUAAAAACUACACCAGUAGCAAAGUUCUAAAACAGACCAAAUUGAAUUAUGAUACUUUGAUCAAACGGACAAAAAUUGAAAAUGAAAACAAUAAUACAGUAGGUAUAGCAAGAAAAUACGAACAACCGGAAUACUUUCUUCUCCCACCACUACAACCAAAAAAGGUCGCACCUAUAGACAACACGAAUAGAACCAACAACGUUACAGCUAAAGAUUCACAAGACUACUUCACGGAUGAUCGGGGCACAAUCUACACCGCAAAAGAUCCUACUAACAAUCCAUUAUUACUCAAAAAAGGCAGAAAUAAAAUAACAUUAAUUGGGCAAGUUGACUUUUGCUUGAAAAUGUAUAAGCUACAUCCAACACUGGAUGCACUAUGGGACAUUUACGGUCAACUAAGGAAAGUAACCAAAGGAAAGCAACGGGGCGAAAACAUUUUACUACUGAGAAACCAUAACGGUGGCCCAGUUUUGCAAAGUAUUUACUAUGAUUUUGCCUUAAACGCAUUUGAAACUGGUAGCUACGUUCGCGCCGUUGGGCGAUUUAUAGGGGGAAACCGCUUGCACACGUUCAAAUUGCAAAAACUAUGUGAGGAAGAUUACAAGAAAUGGAUUCAACAUUUUACGAGAAUGCAAAAUGUUUCCUCUUUUGUUUUGCUAUAAAAAUGAUAAUAUACAUAUAAAUAUGCAA